AUGCUACUAUACCAGUCUUUUAUACUGCUAGCCAUCUUCGUUGUCAGACUAGCGGCGGUUCUUUUACCUUUUGAGUUUAUCCAGCUUAAUGCUACCGACAUUGAGAAAUUCCCUGACAUAGGUUUUCCAAGUCCAAACAAUACAACCAACGUGCAUGCUCUUUCCGACUGCAGAGAAUUUCCUGGAAGCUCAAAAUGGCCGUCAACAGAAGACUGGAGACGCUUCAACGGUUCUAUCGACGGCGCUUUACUCCAGCCAUUACCGCCCGGAGCUGUCUGUUAUAAGGGCUCUUCUUAUGACGAACAGAAAUGCCAAUAUUUGCUCAGGAAUGCAACCUCAUCGCGGUUUUACAUCGAUGAUCCAUUGACGGUGCUAUCGGAAUGGCCUACUGGUAGCACAUGCUUACCCAAUCUGUCGCCGACUGGCAACUCAAUCAAUUUUGCUAGAAAUAGGAAUCUCAGGCUAGUAAUUAAGAACACAGGCCACGACUUUGGAGGAAGGUCAACGGGAGCUGGUGCUCUCAGCAUUUGGACUCACAAUCUAAAGGAAUUCCAGUAUGCUCAGGAAUACAAUAUCGGCGAGUAUGACGGUCCGGUGGCUCAAUAUGCCGCAGGAACUGAAUCAUGGGAGUUGAUGAACCGGAUGGUCGAUCUUAAUGUUACGAUCAUUGCCCCCGGGGUUGGAACAGUGGGUGCUGUGGGCGGCUGGCUCAGUGGUGGUGGGCACACAACAGUCACUUCAACAUUCGGCCUCGGGUCCGACCAAGCACUGUCGAUCAACGUUGUGACUGCCGAUGGCAACUUUAUAACGGUUGAUCCGUACAAUAACAAGGACUUGUUCUUCGCCCUCCGUGGAGGCGCUGGAAGCACAUUCGGCGUCGUUACCUCUGUUACCGCCAAGGUGCAUCCACGAAUCAACGUAACUUCAUCAUCCCUAAAUUUUGCUUUCGACCCCAAUCCACCAGCUUCAAAUGUCAGCUUUGGCAAUGGAACUUCGGCUCUCGGGUACUACGUCAAGGAUAUUGAGACCUUCUGGCGGGGGGCUAGCCUAUACUACCUUUUCACAAAGAAGGUUGUGGAGGCCGGUGGAAUUGGAUUCAGCUACAUAUAUCCACUUGGCAACGGCAGUUUUCGCUUUACAGGAUCAUCUUCCUUACCAGGAAAAACUCCGGACCAAGCCUAUAAUUUCAUGCAACCCUUGUAUGAUGACCUUAACAAAACGGGGAUCGCUGUGAGAAACGUAAGAGCAGCGCAGUCCUUUCCGUACGGGUCUCGUGGUUCUGGGCGGGGCGCCGUUCCAAACAAUCGACGAUAUACAUCGCGACUUUUCCCGCGAACACAUUGGGAUGACACCAAGCUGUUCCAACAGUCUAUGGCCGCGAUUCAGACAGCCGUGGAAGCCGGAUAUACGUUCCACGGUACUCUCAACGGACCUGGCUCGGAGAUUGCUGGCUGGCCGGGUAAAGAUAGUGCAGUAAACCCGGCCUGGCGUGUGGCUGUGCUUCACGCAAUGCUCUUCUACAAAGAUACAACAGGGAUCCAGACAGCAUUGGAAGCUCGAGAAAGCGAAGCAGAUAUCAAUCGAUACAUGGACACCUGGCGCCAAUUGACACCCGGUUCAGGAGCGUACAUCAAUGAAGCAGAUCCUGCUGAGCCGAAUUGGCAACAGAGCUUCUUUGGGGAACAUUAUCCCCGGCUGCUGAGCAUCAAGAAGGACAGAGACCCAUGGGGAGUAUUCUGGGCACCAACCACCGCUGGCAGUGAGGAUUGGGAGGUACGCACCGCUGAUGGGUAUCCUCACUCACAAAACGGCAGGCUUUGUAGGGUGCAACAUUAG